AUGGCCACCAUGCAUUCUCGCAAGCCUCGGCGCACAAAUCAUUCAAGUCAAUCGGGCAAUCCUUCCUAUCCUGCCAACAACCACCUUACCGACUACGAAUCCGACGCGGCCUACUUCUCCGAUUUACAACAUCAACACCAGCAACAACAGCAGCAGUCGGAGGCGCCACCUCCUCCUGUUCGUACAAACGAAGAACUCAACCUCUCUGUUCUGCGUCGGCACAAUCCAGAUAUCGUUGCUAUCCUCUCCCUCGCCCAAUACGCUGUGGUGUACAUCUUCAGCCCGACGACGCGCCAGUGGGAGAAGAACGGGGUAGAGGGCACACUCUUCGUUUGCCAACUGACACAAGGCCCUCUCGGUGAGGAGCGAUACACUGCAUCUGUUCUCAACCGGCGCGGGCUCAAUAACUUCAACCUCCAAUUAACAGACGCCGAUAAUGUGGAGUUGACGGAAGAAUACGUGAUUCUCAAGGCGGACGACGAUGCCGCCGGUGAAAGUACAGAAGGCGUCGCCUCAAAUGGACAACCAAAUGGCGCCUCCACCCCCGGACUACGCAUCUACGGACUAUGGAUCUAUUCGGAGCCUGCGCCGAACUCGACCGCGCAAGCGCGCACAAUUAACGCACAGAAGAUUCGUGAAUGUGCGGCCCACGCAGGCCAGACAUUGAAGAUGGCGCGAGAGCGAUUGGAGGCGAUGCAACAGAACGGGCUACAUGUGGCUGCGGCGGCUGCCGAGAAUCAAGUUGCGCCCCUAGAGGAAGUGCAGGCGAGCGUUCCCAUGGGACGUCAAAUAUCGCUCAAGGAUCUGUUUGGACAGCAACGAGCCCAGGAUGAUGGGUGGAGCGUACGGGCGCAUCAUGAACCACAGGGGCAAGCCCAGCGACCUCAACCGCCUCAGCUGCACCCUCUACCACCCCAGCAGCAGUACCAACAACCUGCGCCGCAGCAAUAUCCGCCCCAGUACUACCAGAACUCACAGGCAUAUCCUAUGAUACCUCAGCAUCAACCUCCUACGCAAGCUCAUCAAGCGCCACCUCCGCCGCCUCAACAGGACGAUGUCCUCGGUGAUCUUUUCCGUCGGGCAGGGUUCGCAUAUCAGAGCCACGACGGUCAAGUGAGGUGA